UUUCCAUAGUCAUCCUAGCUCAGUGUAUUGACCAGCAGCUAAACAACUGUGCUUGGCUGUACUGUGUGUUCCUAUGGGAGCUUGUGAACACUGCAUAGCCUACUUGUUCACCCCAGUGGUCCCUGUGUGGCUCCAGUUUAACCAUUGGCCUGUGUGCUGCUGUCAAGCCCUUGCAGGCGAAUCAAUACCUAAUCACAGCCCCCUACCUCCUUCCUAAUAGCUCCAGCUUCCCCGGGUUGACCUGCAGCGUUCUGGGACAGUGAUUAUGUGAGGGCAAAGUGAGUAUGUCUCUACACAUUAAACCGUUCAGUUCCCCAUAAUGCUAAUGUUGCUGGAGCAUUCCAUUGAACUGUUCUGUUACAGAUUGUCAGAGACAACCGGUACAAACCGCUUUGGCCUGGUUGUAAGAGACUUGUAUCAGCAGCAGCAUUACAUGACUGUAUGAACCUGUGGUGGUGCUCUGAGGGUUGUGUGUGUGUGCGUGUGUGUGUGCUCAUAUGUGUGUGUGUGUGUAUGCUUACGCAUAUGUAUGAGUGUGUGUGUGAUACACCCGCCUCUUGAGGGGCAGCAGAGUGGAGAGCUGACAUUCCCAGCCUCUCCAGCAUAUAAAUGCAGCAGCAGCUCUUCAGGGUGAAGCUACCAGCUCUGUGGACACGCUGUGGAGCUCCACUACAUCUGACUACCCAGCACUCCACAAGGUCACAACUGCUCUCCCCAGCUCUGACCCAAGGCCCAGGCACAGCCCCUCUUACCUGCCAACUACCAUCUGUUCAACAUGGCGACCCGGUGGGGACUCUGCGGUGCGGGGAAGAUCAGCCACGAUUUCAGUGUGGCCAUGAAAACCCUCCCUCCUGGAGACCACCAGAUAGUGGCAGUGGCUGCGAGGAGUCUGGAGCGUGCCCGGGAGUUUGCCAAGAAGCACAGCAUCCCCAAGGCCUAUGGGAGCUAUGAAGAGCUGGCCAACGACCCAGAGAUUGACAUGGUGUACCUGGGCGUGCUGCACACGGAGCACUGGCGCCUGGGCCUGCUGGUACUCCACGCAGGGAAGAACAUGCUGUGUGAGAAGCCCUUCGCUAUGAACUCCAGGGAGGUGGGGGACCUCAUUGCUGCCUCCAAGAAGUCCAACGUUUUUCUCAUGGAGGCCAUCUGGUCCCGUUGUUUCCCACUGCACAGGGAGGUUCGCAGGCUGCUGGCUGAGGACGCCAUCGGCGACAUAAAGCUGGUGAAGGCCUCUUUUGGCUCCCCUCAGCUUCACAUCCCUCGCUCGGUGGAGAAGGAGCUGGGAGGAGGCGCUCUGCUGGACAUUGGGGUCUACACCUUGCAGUUUGUGCUGAUGGUGUUCAACGGGGAGAGGCCAGAGUCCAUCCAUGCCACUGGAGUUCUUCUUAACUCAGGAGUGGAUGAGUCCAUGGUGGUGGUGAUGAAGUUUCCCAGGAACAGGCUGGCUUGCUGUUUCUUCUCCAUCGCUGUUACACUGCCUAACGACGCCACCAUCAGCGGAACAAAGGGCACCAUCAGGGUUCUAGGUCCCAUGCAUUGUCCCACCACACUGGAGGUGAAUGGGAAGACGACACAGUACCCCCUGCCUGAGCCCUCCUUACCUCUGAACUUCACUAACAGCACUGGACUGCGCUACGAGGCUGAGGAAGUCAGGCAGUGCCUGCUCAAAGGACUGAAGGAGAGCCCCAGAAUGCCCCUGUCUGAGUCGGCCCUGCUCACUGAGGUUAUGGAUGAGUGCAGGAAACAAGUGGGAGUGGUCUUCAACCAGGACCGCCAAUAACCACCCCUCACUCGCCACUCGACCAUGGUCCAUCUGACCUGUGCCACAGGGCCUGGACAUGGACAGAGCUGUUUGAGGCAGGAGGGAGGGAUUAAUCCCUGAGUGUAUAUGACUUAGCCCUAAACAGCUUGCACCUGAUGAGAGACACAUUUGAACACGAUGACGAUAAAGACAAGGAAGCCUGAGUUGAUUAGUAGGCUACUGUGAGCUGCUAAGACUGACAGGUUAAAUUAAGAGUACCAAAGUCUGUCACAGUGAAGUGUAUGAUUGAUGGGUUCAAUAAAGGACACUGAUUGUCA